AUGGUUAAGGUUGCUGUCUGCGGUGCUGCUGGUGGGAUUGGCCAGCCCCUCUCCCUCUUGUUGAAGAUCAACAAGAACGUGUCGGAAUUGUCGUUGUUCGACGUCGUCAACGCCCCCGGGGUCGGCGCCGACUUGUCCCACAUCAACACCAACUCCAAGACCGCCGCUUUCGUCCCCUCGUCUAAGGAAGACAAGGAAGCCGUCGGCAAGGCCUUGCAAGGCGCCGACUUGGUCAUCAUCCCCGCCGGUGUCCCCAGAAAGCCCGGUAUGACCAGAGACGACUUGUUUAACAUCAACGCCGGUAUCGUCAAGUCGUUGGCGGAAGCGAUCGCCGACCACGCCCCCAAGGCGUUCGUCCUCAUCAUCUCCAACCCCGUCAACUCCACCGUGCCCAUUGUUGCCGAGACUUUGAAGGCUAAGGGUGUCUACGAACCCAAGAGAUUGUUCGGUGUCACCACCUUGGACAUUGUCCGUGCCAACACCUUCAUCGCCCAAGCCGCCGGCACCUCGCCCUCCGACUACAACGUCAACGUCAUUGGUGGCCACUCCGGUGAAACCAUUGUCCCCUUGUACUCGCUCGGCUCGUCGAAGAAGGACUUUGACGCUCUUUCCGCCGAACAACAAAAGGAACUCAUCCACCGUGUCCAAUUCGGUGGUGACGAAGUGGUGCAAGCCAAGGCCGGUACUGGUUCCGCCACUUUGUCGAUGGCUUACGCCGGUUACAGAUUGGCCGAAUCGAUCCUUGAAGCCGUUUCGGGUAAGGACGUCACCGAGUGCACUUACUUGAACUUGGACUCGUCGAUCAAGGGUGCCGCCGAAGCCAAGAAGUUGGUCAAGGACUUGGACUUCUUCUCGUUGCCCGUCAAGUUGGGCAAGAACGGUAUCGAAGAAGUCAAGUACGACAUCUUGAACCAAGUCUCCGACAACGAAAAGAAGUUGAUCGACGUCGCCAUCGGCCAAUUGCAAGGCAACAUCGAAAAGGGGAUCCAAUUCGCCACCAAGUAA